GCAGACAGGAUGGACACAGUGGAUGAGAUCAUAGACACCUACAACAAAAAUGCUAUGAAGGUGACCAUUAAGGUUUUGAAGAUGAUCAAAAAGAAUGACCUCGUGCAGCGUUUAUCAAGCAUUAGCUCAACAUCCAAAGAGACUCUCAAUGAUUGCGGCGUAAACUCAAAUCCAACCUGAGGAAGAAGUUUCAGUAUUUCUUUGCGCAAGCCACAAAAUCUGGAAAGCCGAUGUUGAUGAAUGAGAUUUACACUGAGCUCUAUAUCACGGACAAAAUAUCUGGAGAGGUCAACAUGGAACAGGAUAAAAUACAAACUGUUUAUUUGAAAAACACUAUCAGUAUAGAAGACUUCUUUGAACCCUUGCCUGGUCAGGAUGGAUCAGUUAGAACAUUAAUGACAAAAGGAGUGACUGGUAUUGGAAAAACAGUCUUGACACAGAAGUUUGCCUUGGAUUGGGCUGAAGACAAAGUCAACGACAAAAUACAGUUCAUAUUUCCAUUCACCUUCAGAGAGUUGAAUUUGCUAAAGGAGAAAAACUACAGCUGGGUGGAACUCCUUCAUCACUUCUUUGCUGACACCAAAGAAGCAGGGAUAUACAGUUUUGAUAAACUCCAGAUCGUGUUUAUCCUUGAUGGUCUGGAUGAGUGUCAACUUUCCUUGGACUUCCACAACAACGAUAUCCUGACUGAUGUUACUGAGUCAGCUUCAGUGGAUGUGCUGCUAACAAACCUCAUCAUGGGGAAACUGUUCCCUUCUGCCUGCCUCUGGGUAACCACAACACCCGAGGCAGCCGGUCAUAUCCCUCCAGAGUACAUUCACAAGGUGACAGAGGUAAGAGGGUUCACUAAUCCAAAGAAGGAAGAGUACUUCAGGAAGAGAUUCAGAAACAAUAAGGAGUUGGCCAGCAGAAUCAUUAACCACAUGAAGGCAUCAAGAAGUCUCCACAUCAUGUGCCACAUCCCAGUCUUCUGUUGGAUCACUGCAACAGUUCUGGAAGAUGUGUGGAAGACCAAUGACAGUGGAGCGCUGCCCACGACCCUGACUGAGAUGUACAUCCAUUUUCUAUUAGAUCAGUCCAAACUGGCGGAUAUCAGAUAUGACGGAAGAGCUGCGACAGAUCCACUCUGGAACACCAGUAAGAUGAUCCUGUCUCUGGGAAAACUGGCUUUUGAGCAGCUGGAGAAAGGCAACCUCAUCUUCUGUGAAGCAGAGUGCAGCACUGAUAUAAGAGCUCUCUCUGUCUACUCGGGAGUGUUUUCACAGAUCUUUAAAGAGGACCAUGGGCUAAACCAGGACAAAGUUUUCAGCUUUGCCCAUUCAAGCUUUCAGGAGUUUCUGGCUGCUCUUCAUGUCAUUGUGUCAUUCAUCAACUCUGGUGUCAACCUCUUGUCUGAAAAACAAUCAAGCUCCCAACAGUCUGCACUCAACACAGAGCAAUCUGCAAUUAAACUCCUCUUCCAGAGUGCAGUCAACAAGGCUUUACAGAGUUCAAAUGGACAACUGAACUCCUUCCUCCGCUUCCUCACUGGCCUCUCGUUGCAGACCAAUCAAACACUUCUUCAGGACCUAAUGAAACAACAAGGAAGUAGCUCACAGAGCGCUGAGGACAUAGCCCAGUACAUCAAAAAGAAGAUCAGGGAGAACCCCUCUCCAGAGCAAUGCAUCAACCUAUUCCACUGUCUUAAUGAGCUGAAUGAUCAUUCUGUAGUGGAGGAGAUCCAACAGUACCUCAGUUCAGGAUGUGUUUCUUCAGGCAGUCUCUCUCCUGCUCAGUGGUCAGCUCUGGUCUUCGUCUUACUUUCAUCAGAGGAUGAGUUGGAUGUGUUUGACCUGAAGAAAUUCUGUCCUUCAGGUGAAGGUCUUCUGAGGUUGCUUCCAGUGGUUCAAGCCUCCAGAGUAUCUCUGCUGAGUGGCUGUAAGCUGUCUCAGGGAAGCUGUGAAACUAUAGCCUCAGCUCUUAGCUCCCAGACCUCUAAUCUGAGAGAGCUGGAUCUAAGUUACAACAACCAUAUGGGGCAUUACUACACCUACUUGCUACGAGAUGUUUUGGAAAAUCAACAUUGUAGACUGGAAAUCCUCAGGCUGAGUUGCUGUGGUCUGCGAUCUGGGAGUUGUGAAUUUCUGUCUACAGUUCUCAGUUGUCAGUCCUCCAGUCUUAGAGAGCUGGACCUUAGUAACAACGACCUGGGGGACUCAGCAGUGAAGGUGCUCUCUCUGGGGUUGGAGAGUCCACACUGUAGACUUGAAACUCUCAGGUUGAUUAGCUGCGCGCUGACGUGGAAAAGCUGUGAUGCUUUGGCCUUUUUCCUCAGCUCCAAGUCUUCCAGUCUGUCACAGCUGGACCUGAGUAUGAACAACCUGCAGGAUUCAGGAGUGUUGGUGUUCAGUGCCGGACUGGAGAGUCCACACUGUAAACUGGAAACUCUCAGGUUAAGUGCUUGUAACCUGUCAGGAAAAAGCUGUGAAACUCUGGCCUCAGUUCUCACCUCCCAGACCACCAGCUUGAAAGUGUUGGACUUGAGUAACAACAAUCUGCAGGAUUCAGGAGUGAAGCUCCUUUCUGCUGGACUGGAGAGUCCACACUGUAACAUAGAAAUGCUCAGGUUGAGUGACUGUAAGCUGUCUGAGAGAAGCUGUGGAGCUCUGGCCUCACCUCUCAGCUCCCAGACUUGCAGCUUGAAAGAGCUGGACCUGAGUACCAACGACGUGCAGGAUUCAGGAGUAAAACUUCUUUCAGCCGGACUUGAGAGUUGUCAAUGUAGACUGGAAACCCUCAGGCUGUCCGGCUGUCAGGUCACAGAAGAAGGCUGUGCUUCUCUGGCCUCAGCUCUGAGCUCCAACCCUUCCCAUCUGCGAGAGCUGGACCUGAGCUACAAUCAUCCAGGAGACCCAGGAGUGACACUUCUCUCUGCUGGACUGGAGGAUCCAAACUGGAGACUGGAUACUCUAAAAGUGGACCAAGGUGGAGUGCAGAGGUUAAAAUCUGGGCUGUCGAAGUAUGCCUGUGAACUCACACUGGACCCAAACACAGCACACAGAAGUCUGUUACUCUCUGAGAACAACAAACAGGUGAAAUGUGUGGAGGAAGAACAGCCUUAUCGUUAUCAUCCUGAAAGAUUUGAUCAGUGCCAACAGUUGAUGUGUAGAAAUGGUUUGACUGGUCGCUGUUAUUGGGAAGUUGAGACUAAGGGAUCGUAUCGUAUCGCAGUAGCUUACAGAGGAAUCAGCAGGAGAGGAGACGCUUGUGACUGCAUGUUUGGAAGGAAUGACAAGUCCUAUGGUCUGUACUCUGAUUAUACUGGUCACAUAUUUUGGUUCAAUAAGACAGAAACAAUUAUUUGUAUGACUAGCAAAGAAACUAACAAAGUAGCAGUGUAUCUGGACUGGCCUGCUGGCACGCUGUCCUUCUACAGAGUCUUCUCUGAAACACUGACACACAUCUACACCUUCUACACCAGAUUUACAGAACCCCUCUAUCCUGGGUUUAGCUUUGACUUUUUGAAUGACCCUGUCAGGGUUGAAUACUCAUUGUGUCAGACAGAUGAGGAAACCAAUCAACUGACAUCUAGCACAGAAUUCUAAGUGUGAUCAAGAAUAAAAUUACCCAAUUCAGGGUGACCUUUAAGGAUGGUUAGUUUGCAUUCACAGUAACUUACUACAGCUCUGCUGCAGUAAACAAGCAUUAAAAAAUGAGGCUGUUGUCAAUGAGAUAAAAUUACACUGGAGUACAUACAUGCCUCGUUUCCUGUGAAUCACUCGUGCAUGGGAAAGCAUCUUGAAUCCAGCGUGGGCAUGGCGGACUCCACCACUAACAAUGAAAACUAAAGAGAGGGAAUUGGUGAAUGUAAAACUAAAUGUGAUUUUAGGGUUAGUAGGGCUGUAGGUCAAAACGCAGCUUCCUUACUUUCACUUACUAUUUUGAGGGCAUAAGUGCAUUCACACUGAGAAGUAUGGCAAAAUGCAGUAUACUGUGAGUCCCCGGAUGGUGCGCUCAUAAUGGCUAAAAAGUUGUGUGGAACGGUUGACACUUGUCACCCUCAACGGCCGCCAUUUUAGCUACGUAAGGAAGGGGCGGGACCAACCACACAGGAGAAGCGAAAAGAGGCAGAGAGAGAGGCCAACAACAGAACGUCUUUUACAAGUUUUGUACACUAUUUCACUCUUGAGAAGUUUUGCAGAUGUCGAAUAUUGACAGUUUUAUGAAAAGUGAUGUUGGAUCAAAAAUGUGCUUGAAGCCUAAAUUGGAAUCGGCAGGUCAGGGCUUUAAUGAAAUCGGUAAUUGAAAUAAACAUAAACACAAAGCAAGAUAAACAAACUUAACAUGUUUUUUCCCUGCUGUUGUCAUUUAUUGUUAUGAACUGUUUUAAUGCUGGGUGGUGAAGCCAAAACAUUUUUUCCACAGUGUGGACAAUAAAGCUUCUUCCUAUGUAUGAAUGCAGCACUGUGUAUGUCUGUAAACGCUGACUUCAUUUUGCUCUCCACAUGUUAGAGUAAAAUGUAAAAAAUAAAAAUGAAAUCAUGUUGCUGAAGGUCCAUCCAUCCAUCACAAUCUGAUUUCCGCUCUACCACCCCUAAGCUCAUUCUCCUAGCUAUGAUGCUACAGAUGCAGCUAUCAGUCUCCUCUAUCUUAUCCUCAAGCAUUACAGCUGGACUAGACACACAUUUUAAAAGCGUGCUGUACCCUGCACCUCCUCCACUAGCCCUUAGGUAGAUGACUUUGUGUUUUCCUUUACUGACAAGGUGAUGGCUGUCAGUGUCCAAUACACCACCACACCACAGUGUAUUUCAUUCCAUUACGGGUUUGUCGUUUUCUGCAUUUUCUCUCAUCAAAAUUCUGCUCAUGAGUCAUCUCCACCAAUUACCCUCUGCACCCUAUUCCCUCCAAGCUUUUCAUCACCCGUUCACAAUCAUGUCAAAUUAUACAGGUUUUACUGUCUUCGGAUACAUUCCCAAUGAUAUUUAAGCAGCUGUGUGAAACUUUUACUAGGAGGUUUAUGAACAUUAUUUCCAUCACAGUUUUUCUUUUGUUUUUGUUUUGAUUCCUACACAGAGAAAGAAUGAUUGUAUUUCUGUCUUCCACAUUAAAGAACAACUGAAAAGA